AUGAAUAUCAAAAAGGUAUCUCCUUAAAUAUUAGAAAUUAAGAAAAUGAAGCAAUUAAAUUUAUUUGAUAAAUUAUUAUUAACUGAACCUUAUAAUAUAGAAAUUAUGUAUUAAAAAGCAAAUCCAUUAAAUUAAUUGAAAAAGUAAGAAGUUGCUUAAUAGAUAUACAUCGAUAUAAUUAAAAUUAAUCCAAAACAUGAACUCUCUUUUUUGAAAAUAGGUGAUAUUUUAAAAGAUCAACAGUCUUAUUAGUAAGCACAAUAAUAUUAUGAAAAAUGUAUUUAAAUAAAUGCAAAUAAUUCAGCAGCUUAAUUUGGAAUAGGGGAAUGUUUAAGGGCGACUUAUUAAUAUCAUCAUGCAUUGCAUCUAUCAAAAAAUUUAUAAUUCCACUUAUUUAAAUUGCAUAGGGUUAACAAUCUAAAUCAGCUAUAUCACUUUAUAGAUGCAGCUAAAACAUUUACAUUUUUAUUUUAUAAGUUACGGUUUCCUAUCUUAUUGCAAAUGUAUUUAUCAAGGUCAUUCAUUUUCCCUCACUCCCUUAUAAAUGAAAUCUAAAUUUGA